AUGACAUCCAACAGUGGCAGCAGCAGCUACGACGAAACUCGGGAAGCACUUCUCAUCCAUGAGAAGUACCGCGCCGAGGAAUGCAGACUAGCAGAACUACCGUCCGGCAUGCAGAAGAGUCGUUAUGUGCGUCGACUCAGCAGUGCAUUCGCAGUUGUCGGAUGGUUCCUCGUUAUUACCUUGGCCUUUUACAUUAUUACUCAGGGGAAGGCUAGUUGCGGUCUUGGAGUUUCGCAGCCAAUAUGGUCACCGGUAGAACACCUCAUCGAGUAUAAGCUCGUUGGUUUCUACUCGGGUCUCGAUAGAUCCACAGACCCAUACAAGGGUGACCCAAGCCAAGAGCAGGACGAUAACUGGAACGAGCUCUAUCAAAAAGUCUUCAUUCCAACGAAAGAGGAGCUCACGUCACAUGGCUUCCCCGAGAGCGGAAUAACCCCCAAUCCAGACGACGAGGAGAAGGAGUGGUGGUCCGUCUAUGUUUUCCAUCAGCUACAUUGCUUGAACCUCUUGCGUAUGAGCCUAUUUCCCGAUUACUACAACCGAACAAACGACCCGCUGCUUUCGGUCACCCAUCUACAACAUUGUGUCGAGACCCUGCGACGGUCGCUACUGUGCGCAUCGGAUACUACUCCAUUCAGCUUCCGCUAUAUCAACUCGACGAUGCAAACGCACGAGUGGGAUCGAGCACCCCAUGUGUGCAAGAACUUUGAGAAGAUCCAUGCUGCCAUGGUGGAUCUUCCUGGUCUUGGGAUGCCUUCUAACCCUGGAUACCGGCCUGGCUAUAAUUAUAAUCCAGACUCUUGA